AUGGCUGCGGGCUCCGCUCCCCGGGAGAGCAGCUGCGGGAGGUCACGCGCCUCCGCGGUGCCGGAUGAGCAGGAGAGAGACAGCCUCAGCCGCCUGGAGGCGGCCGACAACGAGGUGGAGGAGCUGGGUGCCGGCAUCGCCGCCCUCACGGCCCUCAAGAGCCUGGACGUGGCCAACAACCAGCUGAAGGAGCUGCCCGCCGCGCUGGCCGACUGCCCCCGGCUGAAGGAAGCCAACUUCAAGGGCAACCAGCUGAAGGACAAGCGGUUGGAGAAGAUGGUCAACGGCUGCCAGACGAAGGCCAUCCUGGAGUACCUGCGGGCUGGCGGCCGCGGGAAGGGGAAGGGCGAGAGCUCCAGGGAGGAGGCCAGGAAGAAGAAGAGAGAGAAGCAGCAGAAGAAGGACGAUGGGGAGCAGGACGAGGUGGAGGAGGCGAGCAAGCUGCUGGUGAAGAUUCUGCAUGUCUCCGAAAACCCGGCGCCUUUGGUGGUGAAAGUGAGCCCGGGCGUCAGAGACGUCCGAGCCUUCAUUGUGUGCUGCGUGCUGAAGGGAGUCAACCUCAAGCCGGGAAGUGCUCUGAAGAGGUUCCUGUCCGCGCAGACUAAACUGCAUGAAGACAUCUGUGAAAAGCGGACAGCAGCCACAAUUGCCACCCACGACUUGCAGCUGGUCAGGGGCCCUCUGACAUACAGUGUUCAGCCUCCUGACGAGCUGAAGAUAAUGCCCCUGGGUCGAAAGGAGAUCAAGGCAAAGGAUCUUCUCCGUCAGCUGCAGUCAGAGGCUGAGGAGCAGAGGAAGCAGAAGAAGCGUCAGAACGUUUCUGGAUUGCACAAGUACCUGCAGUUAUUGGAUGGCAAAGAUAACUACCCCUGUCUCGUGGAUGCCGAAGGCGUGGUGAUUUCUUUCCCUCCGAUAACCAAUAGUGAGAAGACAAAGAUUAGAAAAGAAACCCGUGAUCUGUUUCUGGAAGUGACAAGUGAUACCAGUUUACAGAUAUGCAAAGAUGUCAUGGACGCACUGAUCCUGAAAAUUGCAGAACUGAACAGAUUUACCUUGGAAAAUAAGGAAGACUCGGGCUCGGAUGAUGAAUCUGAUGCUCUUUGUGGACGAGUGAAUCUGAACCCCAGCCAGAACGUGCAGGCGAUGAAUCUUCCCUUGGUAGUGGAGCAGGUUCGGGUGGUGGACACAGAUGGAAACUUGAAAGUACUUUAUCCCUCAAAAACUGACCUGGCCACAGUGUCCUCUCUUCUGACUGUAAUACGCUAGCAGCUAUCAAAGCUAAGACAGUGGUUCCUUUUUUUUUUUUUUCCCCCUCCAUAUUCAACAACGCAACUUGUACGCAGCGAGGCGGUUUGUGGGUUUUUUAAAAGAAAAGAUGCGGUGCCUCCUGCCUGGGUCUGUAAAAUCUUUCAGGUUUGAUCGAGCUACGGCAAGGAUUAUCGUAUUCUUUCAGCCUUAAUAGAAAGUCAUCGGUGUUCUGACAGAGAACAGCAUCUUCAAAAGCCGACUGAGGGGCAGAGGUGGUGCUGGAAGUCAGAAGGCGUUAGCUUGUAGGGAAAAUCGUUGUGCCAUUGUAGCGUUUAUAAAAUGAGCGCAGUUGUCUUUUUUCCUGCGAGGUCACUGGUUCUUCCUGGCGUGUUUCAGCUGGAUGAUUAUUUUGGCAGCUAAACUGGGAAAUCCAGCAGGUGACAGCACUGAACCGCAGUCCCAGCUGUGUGCCAGUCCUGAGGACAGAACGCAAAGCCGCUGCGCUGACGUCUCCUCCUGCCCAAUUUUAUUUUUAUAUCUGGAGUGAUUGUGACAAUUCAGAGGCUGUCAGAACUUGAGGAGCGGGUUAUAAAGUGAUGGUUUCUCUGUUCAGGCAUUAACACAGCUUCCAUUUUUAAAGCAGUUGAAUUGAGUGCAGGGGUUUGCGUGUCCCAGUGCGUUUCGGAGCCGUCGCUCGUCCUCGUGGGAGCACCAGCUGUGGUGCCCUUGUUGUGCCCCCGCUGAUCGGUGCUGAUGGAGGACGGGGGGUUGUUCCUGCUCCCGAAGUUCCGCUCCGUGCAGAGGGCUGACGCUGCCUUCCAUCGACACCGCUGAAGCUCCCCGACUCCCCGAACACGAGGAUCUCGCCCAGAGUGACCCUCCUGGAGCUUUCUGUCACGCUCCCACGUGAAGAGCGUUGGGGACACCUUCCAAAAUACAGGUAGUCUGAGUGGUUCUAGCUGUUGCAGUCCGGGUGACUUUCACAUCCGGGCUCCUACCUGUGUGAAUGCGAACCUCUCCGUAAGCUGGGGUGACCUACAGACUGACUUUUUUUCCUGUUAAAAAAUACAGAGCUCUAACUGCACUUCUAGCUACCGUGUCAAAUACGUGUUGGGACUUGGGUGUUGAAUGGAAAAAUAAAAAGAGUUCUUGCGGUCA